GCUGUACUGUGCCCAGGUAUCUUCAUGAAAACCUAUGAUCAUUAUCUAGUUCUUUGUCCUACUCUUCAUUGCCUCUUCAUCUUUUGUAACCCACAUGAACCUCGGCAAAAUUGAAGUUGACUUUCUCCCCAAGAGAUGGCCCACACGGCUCUGAUAUACCUCUAGUAAAUCGACUAAACUAAUCUCAGCCUCCUAGCCAUGUUUACUAGCCCAAACAGGCACAGUUUCCUUGUUGCGCCCCAUGCCCUCCAUCGAUAUAACCGUGUCUCGACGAUUUUCCUCCAUUGCGCUCCAUCCCUCUGUUCGCCUCUGCCAUGACUUUCCAAGAGUUACUAACGGCCACUCCGUCCUGCUCCUAUGCUCGGCAUUGUUGAGCUCAGGCGGAGAGAGAGUGAGAGAAAUGCUGAAAUUCUUCCUGCUGUCCUGAUGUAUGGAUGGACCGAAAAUGUCUAUGGGUAUCUCCAAUAUCAGACGCGUCGAUUUCUAUGGGGACUACAUCUGUGGGGACUUAUGGAGUCCUAAGGGUGGCUUCAGACCAUCUUGUCCAGACGAUGUUUCUGCUGCCAUCAAUACUGAUCCAAUCCUUAUUGGUCUUACUACAAUGGCAGACGCAACAAUAGUAAAAGGCUCCCGGUCUUUCAUUGGGCGAGAAACUGGCCGAGCUGAAUCACUUUCGUUGUGGUUGUUGGUGAUACUACUUGAUGCCGGCUUUGGCCUAGCUGAUUUAGCAACUUCAAAGUGUCCCGCAUUUUAAUCUCGCAUGGGCUUUUACUCUAUCUGCUCAAUGCGUUAGUCUUGCUUUUCUUACUCUCCCUUGAAUUUAAUUUUUCUUUUUUCCGUCUUUUUUUCCUUCUUGGCUUCUUC